ACUGCCAGUGUCUCCAGCAGAAGGGCUCGUCGCGACGCAACGUCACCUCCUGCUUUCCCGGCUGAAAUGGGUCUCCUCGUCCUUCGUGUUGACGACGACGGAUCGGAAACGACGUAAAAAAGAGUGGCUGGGAAACAAGUCGAGCAUAGGUCGUGCCUAUUGAUGCGCAUGAUUAUCUAUAAUCAUGGACAACGUCCGCUCGCCGAUGGAUAACCUGUUCAACAUGCUGUCGGGCUUCAGCGCGGGUCACGAGAAAGCCCUGAAGCAGGGCAUCUACAACGCUGUCGCGCUCUUCUUCCUGUGCCUGGUCUUGUUAGCUGGCUAUGGCCUCUACAUCAUAAUGAGCCCCUUCAUCAAACCCCUCAUCUGGGCCCUGCUGUGCGGUUCCGUCCUGUUCCCCUUCAAGUACUCGUUGGCCACGACGGUGCAAUCCUGGUUCGCCCAGGUGGAAGCGUCCCAGACCCCCCUGAUCGUCAACGUCAGUCUGCUGCCCGUGCACAUCUUCGACAAUAUCUCGGAGAACCUGGGCUCCUUUUUGUGGACACGAGUCAAGUAUAUCGUUGGGGUUGUGUCCCUGGUGUUGGCGACCCUAGGUGUCUAUCAUUACACUCCCAAUGUCUUGACCUGCCUCGCCUGGAGGAUGUUUCAGGUGUUCACUGCCGUCUCUGGGUUCUUCAUCUUGACGUGCAACAUCUUCACGGUCUCUGCGAUACUCGUGGGAUACCUAACGAUACUGUACAUCUACUGGACGCCAUCAAACUCCAGCCAGUUUCGCUACAUGUCCUUUGUAAUCUGGUUCAUCAUCACCAUGUAUCUCUCGAGCAUGGCGGGGACUUAUCGAGUCCUGGUCUUUGCUGCUUUGCAAAUUCUAUGCGUCAUUGGAUUUAUUUACGAAGUGGUAUUGAUUAUGGAGAGUCAAGAGCUGAACGGUAGGCACUUGACGUUCUCGGAAGCUGCGCGUUUCGCCUUAACGAAUAAUUUAUUACCGAGUCCCCAGGAAGAAAUAUCCUCGGAGAGCGACAGGACGCAGACGAACGAUGAGAUUUUAGAGGAAGAGAAUCCCUCGGAUACGCCGCUUCGUCCCUCGGAGGAAGAGGCGAGGAAGUCAGCGAGAUUCCUAAAGUCAAUGUCUCUGGAUUCGUCCUCCGCGCGCAAGCCACGACCUGCUUGUAAUGUACAUUCUGUAACGCCAUUACGCAACCGUUAUUUGCUCGGCAAAAUAAAGGAGGACUUACGAAUGUCUCUAGAUAUGCAAGAUGACGAGGUCGAUACCGACAAGUAUAUGUAUGGAGCGUUGUACGCGUGUAUCGCUAUGCUUCUCUGGAAGCACAGGUGGAUCUCGCACAUCCUGGUAAUCCCGCUGGUGUAUUAUAUCGUCAAGCAGGUGGGUGGUUAUUUCGGUUUUCGGGAAAUGAUACGCAGACGCUGCGGCUCGACGAUACAAGCGGCUAGGUCGUGGUGCCUGGAACGACAUCAGGCUCUCAUACCCUCCAACAUCAGAGGCCUCUAUAAAGUGAGCAUUAUCCUGGACGAGAAGCUGAGGGAUGUUCUCAAGGCGUCCGUCAACGCGGUAGCGACCACCUCUGUGAUACUCGGGCUGAUCGUCUUCACCACUUGCGCAUCUAUUUUCAUAACGAUACAGGUUUACGCGGAAGGCUUGCACCUCGUUCAAGUGACCGGCGAAAUAUUGAAUUCCUCCUUGAUGAACAAUCCUGAUAUCGAUUGGGUCCCAGAGAAGUGGGAAGAAUCUGUCAAUAGCGUUCUAGAUAAUGCUUACACUUAUGGGCGAAGCGCCAUAUCCGAGGGAAUUCGAGGUCUUGUAAAAGACCUGGAACCGUCCAAGGCGGAGCAAAUGGAGAGGAAAGUCUUGGAGCUUUGGGAUCGUCUCUACCAAGCCUGGAUGAUGUCGAAUGCGGAUCCAAAUUUUGUAGGUCCUGUUGUAGACACUGUAUCUGCAGCCAACGCUUGGGAGAACUUCAAGGAGAGCUUUGGAAAAAUGCCUCUCCAUCUCUUCAACAUGACAAGCAUACAGAAUUUUGCCAAGGAAAAUAUUGGUAUUUUAAUGUCGGUGCUUGAUUCCAUCUGGAGCAUCGUCAAGGGCAAUAUGUCUGUGAUAUUGACAAUAUUUACAGAGCUGUUUUACAUCGUGCUCAUGAGUGGCUCGGCUGUAUUUAAUUUUGUACUCAGUACGGUAGUCUUUUUUACGACCCUAUUCUACUUGCUCAGUUCUAGUGGUAAAACUUACAAACCCAUCGAGUUGACGACAAUGUUCAGUCCCAUUAGUUGUCACAGCACAACGCACGUAGAAGGAUUCGCCAUCGCGCUGCAAGAGGCGGUAAUCGGGGUGUUCGCGGCGACCUUCAAGCUCGCCUCCUUCUUCGGCAUGUGGACGUGGUUCAUUCACAACUUAUUCCAAGUGAAGAUUGUCUACUUACCAUCGGCCCUCGCGACUAUGCUGGGCGCAGUCCCCUUUUUGGACGCGUACUUUGCUUGCAUUCCAGCUACGAUAGAGCUCUGGUUCACCCGCGGAUCAAUGAUCGCCAUCCUUUUCUUUCUCUUUCACUUUCUCCCGUGUAACAUAGUAGUGACGGAAUUCUACAAGGAGAUUAAAGGUGGUGGGCAUCCUUAUCUGACAGGUCUAUCGAUAGCAGGUGGAAUCUUCUGUUUAGGCGUGGAAGGAGCAAUCUUUGGCCCUUUGCUUUUAUGCUGCAUCAUGGUCGUCAUCAAUUUAAGCCGACGUUACUUGCAUUCGCCGGAGGAAGUUAUACUUCCAGCGUAUUCCAGGACACCAUGAUACGACUCGAAAUAACGGCUUUCGCUCU